AAAUUUUUUUAUAUUUAGACUAUGGAAGACACGUAAGUUUGAUUUGUGAUUUGCAUAUAUCUUUUUGGUAGACAUAAUCUCAUGGACAAGUUCUUAUGGUCAAUUUCUUGUGGACAUAUUCUCAUGGAUGGAUUCUGGUGGAUAAGUUCUAUGAUGGACAUCAAGGUUUUGGACAGAGAGUUAUGGACAAAAGAACUAUGAUGGACAUCAAAGUUUUGGACAGAGAGUUUGUGGACAUAUUAAUUGAAACGAUUGAACGGAGCUAUGGCUGUGAGGAAGCGAGUACGGUUGAGCAGGUUGAAAACGACGACAUCAAGAUUGCAGGCCAUGGGCGCGAUGGUGAACGGAGGUCGUGGACUGAAACCAAAAGAAGGCCAAUGGAAGAACUUCGUCGUGGCUGAGGAUUUGCGGUGGAAAGCUGUCAAUGACUUGACGGAGACGAUGGCUUGAAGUCGUGAUGGAUUAGCUCGAAGAGAUGAUUGGUUCGAAGCUUCUCAACAGUUGCUCUGCCGGUGUUUGUGUUGCAGAGGAGUACACCCGCCGCGAGGAGAUCAUGGAGUGAUGUUGACGACUUCCGCAAUUUGAGGACAAAUAGGUGAUGAAGGAACUCGGCCGGUGACGAUGGAGUUUUAUAUCCGGGAAGAAGAUAGUUUUGGGUUUUAGCUUCCCGACCUAUUGCUCCGACUUCUCAAGAGCUCAUGGACAAGUUCGUAUAUCAAAGACAGAUUCUCGUUAAACAGAUUAGGGACCAAUUUCUAGAUUGAGAAGAUGUGGAAUGGGGAAAAAGGGUUAGAAUUUCGUUUGAGAGACUUAUCUGGAUUUAGGGAUUUGGUUUAAAAAUGAAGAGAUAAAUCACAAUUAUUUAUUUUUUAAAAAGAAAGAUAUUUUCUCAUCUUUUAUUUGUUUUAAAAAAAGAAAUUCGUUUUGUCUAGUUAGAAAGCUAAGGAAAGAGAGAGACUCAUUAGUUAGAAGUUAGGUUGAUAAAUUUGCUAAAAGAAAGUAUUGCGUAGGUUCAAUGUGUCUUUUAGAGUAAUUAACGACUUAGAAAGUGUCUUAUAGAGUAAAUUUUCCAAUUUAAAACAAUUUAAGAGUUAUGAUAAAUAUAUUUCAUCGUUUUGGCGAUAUUGCCAACUCGAUCCGGUAACCUCUCUUGAAUUAUUGUGUUUCAGCCUUUCAGGUGAAGCUAGUAAAAGGCAAGACAAAACAUGGUACAAAAGUGGUAAUAAUGUUAACAAUAGUUCAGGGGUUGGGAUGACAAAUAUCUAUUUUUAUAAGACCAAAUUGAAAGUUAGAGAAACUUGUCGGCCACAUUAUGUUUGGUACUAAAUUCCUCUAAAACCCUAAAAACAGAGAGCAUCCGUCUUCCCAAAAAAAAAGAUGCGGCCGUUAGACGAGAACGAGACGACAGUGGUCUUCGAGAAGAUCUUCAAAUUCGUCGGAAACAACCUCAAGAACAUCGUCGAGAACCCAUCCCACGAAGGACCCGGACCCAAACCCGAAGCCGGGCGCUACUGCUUCCGCCUCCAGAAGAGCAGAGUCUACUACGUAAGCGAGUCUCUCGUGAAGCGAGCCACCAACAUCUCCCGCAAAAACCUAGUCUCCCUCGGAACCUGCAUCGGGAAGUACACCCACGCGGGGAGCUUCCACCUUACGAUCAUGUCGCUCAACCUCUUGGCCGCGAACGCGAAGCACAAGGUUUGGCUUAAACCCACUUCGGAGAUGUCGUUUCUUUACGGGAACCAUGUCUUGAAAGGAGGGCUAGGGAGGAUUACCGAUAGUAUUGUGCCUGGAGAUGGGGUUGUCGUGUUCUCCAUGUCUGAUGUUCCGUUGGGGUUUGGGAUUGCGGCCAAGAGUACGCAGGAUUGUCGGAAGUUGGAUCCGAAUGGGAUCGUUGUGCUUCAUCAGGCUGAUAUUGGUGAGUAUCUGAGGGAUGAAGAUGAGCUUUGAAUUGGUUGAAAGGUUUUGUUUAGCUUUCGUUGUGUUUCUUGUUUUAUGUUUUUUUGAGGUUUAAGAUAUUAUCUACUUGUGGCUACGAAUUGUGCUGUUGGAUCUAUGAAAGUCUUGAUUUUUCUGAA